AUGCGGUCGCAAGAGGUAAACUUUCUAGUUUUCAGUGCUGUAUUAGCUUUGCAGAAACAUUUGAGGAAGAAGCUCGGGACCUCAGCGGGGAGGCUUUUUCUGGUUUAUCAGUUGUAUGAUCGUUUCACCAGGCUGUUGGAAAGUACUGAGGUUGCUGAGGAUUCGGGAGAUCCAAGAGCCAUUGAUGAGUUAAUUGACGUGACACUUGGAGAGAGUGCUUCCAAGGUAUCAAAGCUCUCUAACUAUAUGCGCAUCCUUGCCAGCAGGGUGCUUGGCCUUCUAGCUAAGGCUGGUGGAACAAUGAUUGCAGAUGAAGUGGAGUGUCAGGCUAAUGUGAUCUGCAAAACUACACUACUAGACGUUAUGAGAAGACUUCUGCAGUUCAUUGGGAAAGCACUUGUUGGUAAGAGACACAAGGUUCAAUUGGCUACUAAGUUUGCUUGUAGCUUUGAAGAUGGUGGGAGGGUGUCGAUCCGUGGGGAUCCUGAGUAUGUUAGAGCUGCUUGCGAAGCUAGUCUGAAGAGACUUCAGGUUGAUUAUAUUGAUCUUUAUUAUCAGCAUAGAACAGACACCAAGGUUCCCAUUGAAGUUACAAUGAUGGAACUGAAAAAACUCGUUGAUGAGGGGAAGAUCAGAUACAUAGGUUUGUCCGAGGCGUCGGCUUCAACUAUUAGAAGAGCACAUGCUGUUCAUCCAAUAACAGCAGUGCAAUUGGAAUGGUCAUUGUGGUCGAGGGAUGCAGAGGAAGACAUUAUCCCUACCUGUAGAGAACUUGGAAUCGGAAUCGUUACAUACAGUCCUCUGGGAAGAGGCUUCUUUUCUUCCGGGGCAAAGUUGGUUGACAAUCUGGCUGAUAACGACAUGCGAAAGAAUCUGCCAAGGUUUCAACCAGAGAAUCUAGAGCAGAACAAACAUAUAUUUGAGAGGGUAAAUGACUUGGCUCAAAAGAAAGGAUGCAGCCCGUCCCAACUUGCAUUGGCGUGGGUACAUCAUCAAGGAACUGAUGUUUGUCCAAUACCAGGCACAACAAAGAUUGAAAACCUAAAUCAAAAUGUAGGAGCUUUGGCAGUGAAACUAACUGAAACAGAACUGGCAGAACUCGAAUCUCUUGCUUCUGAUGAAGAUGCAGUGAAGGGUGAAAGACAUUCAGCAAUGAAGUCGACCUGGAAGUACUCAGAGACACCUAGCAUGUCCUCUUGGAAAAAUGAAUAGUUUGUUUCUGGAUUCAACUUUGCAUUGUAUGGAAAAAUAAGAGAUGUGUAUGUGCCCUAAUUUGUUUGGUUGGUCUUGGCGUUUUUCUUUGUUAUGCACUCUACAAAUAAUUCCCAAACAAGGUGUAAUUGGGCAGACUUCUAAAGCUAGUAAUUAACUUUUUUGGGGUAAGAAGAGUUAUAACAACAGGAAAAUAGUUAAACCUUACAUAUCUAGGGAAAGCUCUUCCUGUACAACACUAGACGAACAAAAUCUAGAGACAAGUGAACAAAAUCCAGGUGGCCUGUCAAUAGACACACAAGAUAUACAUUCAUUAGCAGCAAAGUUACCCUCCCUAUAGCGAUGAUAAAAGUGGACCUGGACAAAAUCUAGAGACAAGUGAAGAAAAUAUCUCGCAAAAGACCUUACAAAACCAAGUAUUUCCGACA